AUGUUUACACCGGGCAAGCUGUCACCGUACACCGACAGGCUGCUCCCACGGCAUGAGAGAAACGACGGCGGUAAAGGUGGCACCGCCUCCAUAUCAAUGCUGUCAAAUUGCUUGAACCAACUUGGCGACGACGCGCAGAAGGAAGGCCCAGAGCGGCACAUGCACACUGCUCUUACCCCAAACCGCUGUAGUCUGAGGCCGAUGGGACAGGGGUAUGGCAUGAAAAGCAGUAGUUUCACAAUGGGUUUGACGACGCGGGAGAAGAGGCGGCCUCCCUCACUUUUUACAACACCCGCAUCCUUCUUUGCGCCCACGCAACAACUCACCCCAACGGGGUGGACAAGCAAGCAGAUGCCAGUCCUACCGCCAUCACAAUCACCGCAGAAGGGGCCGACGUUAGCGCCAACCGGGUGCACAAUCGGCUGUGAGUCAAACCAUGGGCUGAGCCUGAGCUUGCCAGCACAGCAACAGGUAGGAAAGCUCCCUCAAUCCCCUGCUGCUGGGGCCAUUUGGCCGAAUGAUCGGAGGUUUGCAUGGCCAGAGAAGGCAUCGCUGCUUUCGUUAUCGGAGGAUAAGCGCGUGUUGCUGGCGGGUCCUUUUCGUGUGUCAAAUGAGGGAUGCCUCACGAUGCAGAAUGUAUUGCUACUGAACGCCGAAAAACGUGGGGGCUCUGUGCCUCUGUCUACGGGGAAAGAUGCUCCACAGCAGCUCCUUCUCCCAGAAACCAUUCUUGCUCCUGCCGAGCCAGUAGUUAACAAUUCAUUCACCCUCUUAUCCGCAAGCAUGGACACACGGUACAGCCCCAUCACCUAUUCAUUGGAUGCCAACCAAGCAGUAUCUCACGAUCCCUUCAAGUCUGAGGGUAGAAUGCGCUUUCAAGAGAACAGCUUUGCAGUCCCGCCUCCCGCUCAAGCAGUUGGGGAUAGAGUUCAUGAAGUUGAAGAAGCCGAUAGUCCCGAGUUCUACUCACUGCCCGGAUCGGAGGACGUAUCCGCAAUGAGUCUUCUGUCGUACUCGGAACUGCCUUUGAAGUCUAAAUCUUUGACUUCUUUGCCCCCAAACGUGGUGCGAUAUGGCGAUUUGAGGAUCAUGUCGCAAAUCGGAGUUGGUGCGUCUGCGUGCGUUUUUAUGGCGGAACAUAUGCCCACGGAGCGUCUUCUUGCUGUCAAGCGCAUUGAUCUUUCACCGCUAUUUUUUGAUUGGAAUAUGUUGAGAGGGAGUAAUUUACAGCGCCUGAAGUCCACAACGCGCCUGCGUCAGUUGCAGCUUAUUGUGGUACGGGAACUGCAGGUUCUUCAUUUGGCAUACCGGAGUCCGUUUAUGGUAAAGGUGUACAAUGCCUUUUACACAGAGGACAUUAUGGCACUUGAUCUGGUAAUGGAGUACAUGCACUAUGGUGGUCUGGAUCAUCUGCAAAAACUUCUGUGUGGAAGGGACGAAACCGAUAAUGCGGUCGAAGACGAUUUAGGAAGAGCCGGUCGACGCACGAAGAGGAAAACGGAGGUGCCGGAGCGCCUGGUGGCAGUGGUGGGUGAGCAACUUCUGCGUGGUGUUCAGCACAUGCAUGAACGUGGAUAUAUUCAUAGGGACAUCAAACCCGGUAAUGUUCUCGUCAACAAGAAGGGUAUUGUGAAGCUAAGCGACUUUGGAUUGUCUCAACGCUGUGAUGCAGUCAACGAACGUGUUGGUGACAAAAAAAACAAAACGCACCACUUUUCCGGAACAAAAAGGGAGAAAUCAUCUCCACCAAUGCAAAAAACCCUUUCAUCAGGGGGCAGCACAAGCUCCUCAGACAGUGUGCAUUGCUCCGGCACAGACAAGUACAUGAGUCCCGAGAGACAACGUGGGGAACCGCAUGGAAAGGCAAGCGACAUUUGGGCAGUAGGCAUGACACUUGCGGAGUUUGCUGUUGGUGAGUACCCUGUCGAUUUAACCGACUGCGAGGACGCAUUUGAUCGAGCAUCACGCAUAGCGGCACCGUUGAACCUGAGAAACUACGCGCGGUCCUGCCCGCUGAGUGAGGAGUUCCUUGACUUCAUUCGUAUUAGUAGGCUGCCCCUGGCAGCGGAGCGCCCAACAGCCGGUGAGCUGCUGGAGCACCCUUUUUUUCGCCAGUGGAAAGACGAGCCGUUCUCCAUUGAGGAUUACUUGCAUGAGGCUCUCAUGGAGUCGUAG